AUGCCUCGCAAACAAUCCGCUCGGAAGAACAGGGACUCCUCGGAGCCCGAGGACCCGGAGGAUAUCUUGUUCAAUGCCCAGCAUAAGAUGACAGAGCUGCGACGCAAUUUGAAUAGACGCCAGAGAAUCAUGACCGAAAAGCACGCCAAAAUCCAAGCAAAGGUGAAGGAACGAAUCGAUUCUCGCCUAACGGAGGACCAGCAGAAGAUCAUUCGCUCCCGAGAGGACAUGUUGGUCAAGUGGCAGGAGGCUAUGAUGGAAACAAUGGCGAUUGAGAAUCAGAUCCGAGAGAAGAUUGAUACCCUUCGCAAGGAGUGUAUGAAAUUCGCCACGCUGCUCAAGGUGGUAAUAGAAGGGAGGAAGCAGGAUGCGGAGAAUCUGGACCUCGCACAACUGCAACGGGACGUAUACAAUAGCCUCUAA